CUCUGAUGACGUACAAGACGCCAUUGAAUAUGUUAACGACAUCAAGGAAAAGCUGCAAGAACUGUGCUGCAAAAAUAAUUCAUCACAAAGUGGAUCUGGAACAGGAGCUGGGGCAGGAGCAGGUGCAGGUGCUGCAGUUGGUACACUUGUUGGUGUUGCUGUUGCUGCAGUAAUUAUUGUAUCUGCUGUUAUAACAUUAUCUGUACUGCUUACUAUGCCAAGUGGAAACAGUUCAACAAAUACAACCAGUUUGAAUGACACAGCCAUAAGUGAAACUACUUCCACUGUCAAUACAACAUCAAACGCAACUUCCACCAUGUCCCACAUGCCUAUAAGUACUAUGUCAACUACAAUGACUCGCACAGUAUCUCCAACCAAUACUGAUCCAGACAACACACCUUCCACUUCUCUCAUGUCCCAUUCUAUUGCAAGUUCAACCAGACGUAUCACAUUACAUCCAUACGAUUCAACAGUAAACAGUCAUAUCACAUAUCCUGAUGUAUCUGUGACACAAUCUUCAAAAAGACUGUCUCCAACGAAUACAGGCAAUUACGAAACAACAAAAUUUAGAACAACAUUUUUAACAAAACAACAAACUACAUCUUUUCUGGCAAGUACAAGUGCUUCAGAAAGCCUACAAAAUACAGAUAGAUCUACAUUUUCAUCGACCAUAUUAUCAUCUUCUCAAACAAUGCAGCCACAUACAUCUUUGGGUACUCAAACAAUUGUUUUCACAAAUGCUGGGUCACGUGCUCUAACUACUACUGAGUCUUCUCAAGCAUCAACAUUGAUACUGACAACUGAAGGAACUGGUGUGCCCACGACCACUGAACCAAAUCAAUCAUCAACAAUGCCACUGACAACCGAAGUAACUGGUGUGCCCACGACCACUGAAUCAACUCAACCAUCAACAAUGCCACUGACAACCGAAGUAACUGGUGUGUCCACGACCACUGAAUUAACUCAACCAUCAACAAUGCUACUGCUAACCGAAGGAACUGGUGUGUCCACGACCACUGAAUCAACUCAACCAUCAACAAUGCCACUGACAACCGAAGAAAGUGGUAUGCCCACGACCAUUGAAUCAACUCAACCAUCAACAAUGCUACUGCCAACCGAAGUAACUGGUGUGCCCACGACCACUGAAUCAACUCAACCAUCAACAAUGCCACUGACAACCGAAGUAACUGGUGUGCCCACGACCACUGAAUCAACUCAACCAUCAACAAUGCCACUGACAACUGAAGUAACUGGUGUGUCCACGACCACUGAAUUAACUCAACCAUCAACAAUGCCACUGACAACCGAAGUAACUGGUGUGCCCACGACCACUGAAUUAACUCAACCAUCAACCAUGCUACUGACAACCGAAGUAACUGGUGUGCUCAUGACCACUGAAUUAACUCAACCAUCAUCAAUGCCACUGACAACCGAAGUAACUGGUAUGCCCACGACCACUGAAUUAACUCAACCAUCAACCAUGCUACUGACAACCGAAGUAACUGGUGUGCCCAUGACCACUGAAAUAACUCAACCAUCAACAAUGCCACUGACAAUCGAAGUAACUGCUGUGCCCAUGACCACUGAAUUAACUCAACCAUCAACAAUGCCACUGACAACCGAAGUAACUGGUGUGCCCACGAUCACUGAAUUAACUCAACCAUCAACAAUGCUACUGCUAACCGAAGGACCUGGUGUGUCUACGACCACUGAACCAACUCAACCAUCAACAAUUCCACUGACAACUGAAGAAAGUGGUGUGCCCACGACCAUUGAAUCAACUCAACCAUCAACAGUGCCACUGACAACCGAAGAAAGUGGUGUGCCCACGACCACUGAAUCAACUCAACCAUCAACAAUGCCACUGCCAACCGAAGUAACUGGUGUGCCCACGACCACUGAAUUAACUCAACCAUCAACAAUGCCACUGACAACUGAAGUAACUGGUGUGCCCACGACCACUGAAUCAACUCAACCAUCAACAAUGCUACUGACAACCGAAGUAACUGGUGUGCCCACGACCACUGAAUUAACUCAACCAUCAACAGUGCCACUGACAACCGAAGUAACUGCUGUGCCCACGACCACUGAAUUAACUCAACCAUCAACAAUGCUACUGCUAACCGAAGGAACUGGUGUGCCCACGAUCACUGAAUUAACUCAACCAUCAACAAUGCUACUGCUAACCGAAGGACCUGGUGUGUCUACGACCACUGAACCAACUCAACCAUCAACAAUUCCACUGACAACUGAAGAAAGUGGUGUGCCCACGACCAUUGAAUCAACUCAACCAUCAACAGUGCCACUGACAACCGAAGAAAGUGGUGUGCCCACGACCACUGAAUCAACUCAACCAUCAACAAUGCUACUGACAACCGAAGUAACUGGUGUUCCCACGACCACUGAAUCAACUCAACCAUCAACCAUGCUACUGACAACCGAAGUAACUGGUGUGCCCACGACCACUGAAUCAACUCAACCAUCAACCAUGCUACUGACAACCGAAGUAACUGGUGUGCCCACGACCACUGAAUCAACUCAACCAUCAACAAUGCCACUGACAACCGAAGUAACUGGUGUGCCCACGACCACUGAAUCAACUCAACCAUCAACCAUGCUACUGACAACCGAACCAGUAGGUAUGUUAUCUUAG